CAACCACGGCUUUUUACAGGGUUUUGUUCAUCACGUUGCUGCUUUGCCAUAUGUCUAAUUAGCAUCAUCCAUUCCACAAGGCACCGGCCAAAUAUGAUGAUUUAUCAUUUUCCUGUAUAUAUAUAUAAAGAGGUGGCAGAAGAUUUCUUGAUCCACAAUCAACACUGAUGCUCCUUCUUUUCAACAUUCCUUUCUUCCGUUGCUUAAUUACUUACACUCUUUGAUUCUCUUCUUUCUUCCCUUUUAAUACCACACACAAACUCUUUGUAACAGCCUACACUUGCACACAAAGAAGUAAAAACAGUAGGAAGAUCAUCUCAUAUAUCGUAAAGAUAGAAUGGCGGAUUGGGGGCCGGUGGUGAUAGCUGUGGUGCUGUUCGUGCUUCUGAGUCCGGGGCUGCUGUUCCAACUGCCGGGAAGGGGCAAGGUGGUGGAGUUUGGGAACAUGCAUACGAGCGGGAUAUCGAUCCUCGUCCACACCAUCAUCUUCUUCGGCCUCCUCACCAUCUUCCUCAUCGCUGUUGGCGUUCACAUCUACACUGGAUGACCAUUACCUUAGUUUCCACUUUAGAGAUUUGCUUUCUUAAUUAUUUCAUUUAAUUUCAAUAUGCAUACUUUGUUCAGAUUGCUUGUUUUGAAUUUGAACAGUACUGUUUGAUGUUCUAAGUUUUUCCUUAUCAUGUACUCCUUCGAACCUUUUUUUUUUUGGAAAUUUCUUGUAUUCUCUAAUUUUUAUUGAACGUUACUGGCUCUUUACAUCUAAGAA